AUACCAAUCCAAUUUUGGCAAAAACUCUUUGGGGGGUUUUGAGGAAUCUCUCUGCUGAUCACUCAGAGGAAUUUUCCCUCCAACCCUUAUGUUCGGAGCCCCUCGUGCCUUUGGCCUCAUUGUCCAAACCUAGGCUUUGUUGCUCUCUUGGCAUUUGGGCUUUGGGGUUGGAGAUGGAGGUCAUGUGCUCUAGUAGUGUUGGCAUGGAAAGCCUUCUGAGCUCAGCAAUGGUGGCUUUGUUGGCUGAGAUUUCAACUUCGGUUGUAAAGUCUUCGUCCCUGCUUUUAGUGGACCACUGUCGAACUUUUUUCUUAAUCAGAUUUUAUCUUGUUAAGCUGUAAAAGACCUUGUGUAAUUAUAUUUGGAGGGGAUCCAGGACAAAUGGAAUUACCAUCGAGUUCCCUAGGGAGCCAAGGCAAAUGGAGAGGCUGUCAAAAGCUGAUCUGUCCAUGGAAAAGCAGCCUGACCCUGAGACCAAGGAUGCCAGUGAAACUGAGGAUGAUGGUGAAGACAAUGAUGGCGGUGAGGAUGAGGAAGACUUUUCUGGUGAAGAGGAGGAUGAUGAGGAUGACAAAGAUUCUGAGGAUGAGCCGGAGGCCAAUGGUGAUGGUGGAAGUGGGGAUGAUGACAAUGACGAUGAAGAUGGAGAUGGAGAGGAAGAGGACGAUGAGGAAGGAGAAGAUUAAGAGACUCCCCAGCCACCUGCUAAAAAGAGGAAAUGAUCUUGAAGGGCUUGCACUUGUUUUGCCUUUGCUACAAUGGCUCCGGAAGCUGGAGCUUAGAUUAAGGGUUAGGGUCACAGUUUAGCUGGUGUUGAUGCCAGAAUAUAGGAUCCAUAAUUCAUGUUUAAGUCAUUAAAGUGGUUGAUUAAUUCAAGUCCAAAAUUCCACCCUCAAUACAUGUUAACUUUCUCACAUUUACUCAUUUAUUGUUAUUUAAUUGGACAAA